GGUUAGCGUUUAUCUGUUCGUGGGAGCGAAGUCCACUUAUAGACUGACUGUCUGACCGACUGGAAAAAACUGGUUUCAAGCGGUUUGCUCUAGUUUUAAAAGACUCCGAUUCCGAGUUGUACGUCUUAGUCAACAUACAUGUAGCACGAGUCUAUGACGUAACAAGAAGCGGAAGUGGGUCGGUCAUAUGCACAGGUAAGAUAAAAGUUAUAUUCUCAACGAAAUCUCCCUGUUAUCAGACGUCUGAUCACCAGUGUUCUUCAGAUUUUGAACCACGAGUUUUUCCCCAUGGAAUCACGGAAUUAUAUCUAACACAGUGAAACCAAAUGAUGCAAUUGUAUACGGUAUUUGUGGUUGCCUGCCUUUUCUUUACCGUCACUGGACUAGAACACACUGAGACGGAGGCAUCUUGCGAGGAUGACUCUUCAGCGGAGGAGCUACCAGAUUCGACGUGCAAAGGAAACACCGUGGCGGAGAAAGAUAAGAUAAAGGAAGCCACGGCGCGUAGCGGUAUUGAAAAAUACCUCGUAAACUGUUCGUCAGACCCGCGUUUAACCUACACGGUAGACGUGGGCAACUUUCAGGACACGGACACGCCGGACACCGAUGAGAUAGUCAAAGAACUAACCGAAGGACUUGGAUACUUUGUUCUGCGGCAGGUUUUCUCGAAAGAAGACAUAGCGCAUGCAAGAGAGGUAAUCCACUAUUUGAUAAAAAAUGAAGGCAAGCGCGCUACUCACUUCCACGGGAGCGAAGACUCGACCCAGGAACUGCAGGCCAGAACGUGGAAUCUGCUCAACAAAGGAAAAAUAUUCGAGAAAAUGACCCAGCACCCGAAGGUAGUUUCCAUCUUAUACCCCAUUCUGGGAGAUGACAUGCAGCUCGGGAGUAUCGCAGCAAACACGUUGUUUCCAGGAGCCUCGGGACAGGAACCCCAUAUAGAUUACCCCUAUUGGGACUACUUUGAAAGAAAACACUGGCCUGUGGCACCAAAGGUUCCAGAAGUGCCUUUCCACAUGAACAUGCAGGCAACUGUCCUGUUGGAUGAUUUCACGGCAGAAAAUGGGGCAACUGGCGUAGUUCCCGGAUCCCAAGUCCGGUGCGUGUAUCCCGACAGCAAGGAAUUCUACGAGAAAUACGUGCAAGUGAUCGGUAAAGCUGGCGACGUGGUAUUAUUUCCAGGUUUGAUUCAACACGCUGCCAUGCCUAAUAAAAGUAAAGCUUCCCGUUCAGCGAUCCUCCUGCAGUACCUGCCCAAAUAUAUUCGCCCGAUGGAGGAUAUAAAACGUUCGGUUCAUCCAGACAUUCUAAAGCGUGCCUCUCCUUGCCUUCGUCGGCUGUUGACUAUGGACUACCCUUACCCAGCUCUGCUGGACGAGGCAGAGCCUGGUAAUUCGGAGGGCUCCAAAUCCGAUUUCUCCUGGAAAACAUAUGAUACUACCACUUAGUAUUGUGCUUGGUGCGAAAUUUGAACUUUGAAAUUGAGAAAUGCUGUAGUUGUGCAUCAGAUGCAAUGGCGCUUUUCAAUGAAAUCCGUAACGUUUUACAUCAGUGUUUUGUAUAUGUCAGGAAUUAUUAUUUAGGGUAAAACAUAUUGCAUCACGGUGUGUUGUGUUUGCGUGUGCGUACGUGUGUAUGUUUGAUGCUUUUUAUUUUUUCUUUAAUUUUAAUUGGCAGAUAUUAAGUGUAUGUAUACAUAAAGAAUGAAUGUUUUGGCAUGCUGAUUUCUUAAGUUACACGUUUCGCAGAAGUAGUAUUAAAUAUAAUAAAUGACCUUGCAUCAUUUUUAGAGCAUAACUUUAUCGACAUUUAAUAUUACUGUUAUGCCUACAAUAUAUCAUUGCUUUUAUUGCCUCAAAAACUAAUGAUCAAUACGCGCAAAUAAAGUAAAAUCUGGUCUAGUCGAGCAAUUGAAAUAGUCACAUAUUUUGAAGGGUGGAACAUCGAAUUCUGAACUCUCAAUCCUUUCAAUUAAAAUUACAAAUUAGCUCUCCUACGUAAACCCUUGUCCGCUGAUUUCUUAAUGAGAAGUUGUUUUACCUAAUAUUACAACCUGAAAUGAGCGCGGACCGAAAACAGACAAGUAUGAGUUACAGAGGACACUGAAAACUCGCCUCUCUACGCAGAGAAAUGUUGAUAGUAGAGAAUUGAGUUGCAUGGACCACACAGAUAGGCCUAGGCCUAACCAAUGCAAACUCCAAAAGUUCAACUUAAUCUUAUAUUAUAAUCUUAUUUAGCAUUCAAACAUGCCAAUCAAAGCAAGAAAUAACAUUUUGCUAUUCAUAUAGACUAGUCCUGCACUAGUUUAUAUGUAGGCCUAUAUGACUGGUAGCCUAACGAGUAAAUGGUAUUCUGUACUAGCGCAUGUAGUACUGCAGUAUCUCUCCCUUUGUAUACCCCGCUAUUGACAGCUCAGCCGACAGCUGCGGAUAUAUGCAUUUGCGUUUGCAAUAAUGCUAUACGAUAUAUCUCAUUUAGCUUUCAUUGAGUAGAGACCCGGAAAUAAGAUUUAACCAAAUAAUUUCAAUUAUGAGAGACAGGCAUCUUUUAGAAAAAAAUUGAAUCAAAGCACUAAAUGAUCAAUAUGAGAAAUGGAAAGAACAUGUAAAGCUGGUGCUGUUUCCGGUGAUUUCAUUUAACUGAGCAUUUCUCCGACAUCAAGCAUGAAUAUUCAAUAUGAACAAUUCUAAGCUCACGGAUCUAAUAAAAGACGACGAUUGUUAAAGUCUGUCGCAUAUUCGUUGAACACUAUCGAAAGCGUGACACUGCUUUGGAGUUUUGAUUGGUCAGAAAAGUUUGAUCACAUGAUUCCUGUUUGGUCAAAAUGGCGGUUUGCGAGAAACACGAGAAAUUACUUUUCCAUGUUAAAGUGUUGUAUUCUUUGUUAUUCGUCACAAUUUUAUCGUCAGUGGUUGGGUUUUCAAUAGUAUUUAACAAAUUGUUGUCAGUAAGGGAAUUUUGCACAUCUGUCAGGCCCGGAAUCGAAGGAGGUUCAAGAUGGAGAGAAAACGGUUCUUGGGCGCAGAGCCAAAGCGAAAGUAACAUUGCCAGCAACGGCCUCGAGAACAUACAUCAAUCGGUAAAAGAUCGGUGGGAAAAUCACGCUGAACCUGAAGAGCUUAUGAGAGUAAAGAGGGCCUCUGGUGAUCGCUUCGUAGACUCGGCCAGUGGUGACGGGGUACCCGACAGACCAGAUGAAGCCGUAUGGAUAUCGUCUUAUUCAAGAGUUUCUCUCCAAGCUCUCCAAUCUUUUUGCAAGUCUACAAGAGAUUUCUGUCCUCCUGGAGAGCCAGGAAAACCAGGAUCCCCAGGAGAGAAGGGAGAGAAGGGAGAUGAAGGUCCUGUGGGUAUUCCAGGCAAGACAGGACCCCCAGGGGAAAAGGGGGAAAGAGGGAUGAAGGGGGAUACAGGGGAUGUAAUCUCUGUCACUGUGAAAGGAGAGAAGGGAGAUAUGGGGUUACCAGGGAUGGAUGGAUUUCCUGGACCUGUUGGGGACCCAGGACCAAAGGGUGAGAUGGGAGAUCCAGGACAGGUGGGCUUACCUGGUUUAGAUGGUAUUACAGGGGCACCAGGACAGGCAGGUGCUCAAGGCCUUCCAGGUCCAGAAGGUCCUCCAGGGCCCAAGGGAGAUAUAGGCCCCCCUGGACCCCCUGGCCUUGAUGGUGCAGUUGGACCACCUGGCCCUCCCGGGACACCAGGUUUUAAUGGCACCACAGGUCCACAAGGUAGGCGUGGCAGACAAGGAAAACCAGGAGAGCAAGGUGCCCCAGGACUGAAUGGCUUGCCUGGCCCCAAGGGGGAGAAGGGGGACUCUGGUUUGGUAUCAGAGGGUAAAGUAGUCUCUGGUGAAAAGGGUGCUAAGGGAGAGCCGGGCCUCCCAGGCCCCCCAGGGGAGGUUGGAGCAAGAGGACCCAGGGGCAGGCAUGGGGCAAGUGCUAACUGCACUUUAUGCCCAGCAGGUCCCCAGGGGUUGGAUGGGCCAGAAGGUCCACCAGGACCACCUGGUAUUAAAGGAGACAAGGGCGAACCUGGCUCUGGCAGACGUUCCAUGAUGUACCCCCCAGUGUCUACACCUAGACCAGUUGAGGUACCGUGGCGUCUCCCAGACAGAAUGCAACAGGAUGACAGCAGCAUAAAAAAGCAGAAGAAGCGCAGUCACAUAAGGGUGAUUGAAAAGGUGCUUUCCAUGAAGGAUAUGCAGAUCUCUCCACGAACUGAAGAAUGUUACAUCGAGAAGGUCGGGAAACCCGUAUUCCAGAGAUACACGGGCGCCUACUGGGGGGCCUGGAUGAAAGAAACCGGGGAAUCGUUCCACAAUAGGUCAGAAUGGUUCUGGUACACGCGCCACUUGGCUGGGCGGUACCUGUUCGAGUACCACAGCUUUGACGCUUACAAACGCAACCAAUGGGACUACAAAUACAGUCUGCAAAUUCGUUAUAGAUACUUUGGGACCGGUCACGUAAUUUACCAGGGCUCGUUCUACUACCACGCCGAGCGAUACCCGAAAAUAAUGCGCUACGAUCUUGCAAAAGAGAAAAUCAUCACGGAGGUGAUUCUCCCAGACGCCAAGUACAAGAAUGAGGGAUACGUAUAUGACACGGACUAUAACUACUUCGACUUGGCGGUGGACGAAAAUGGGCUAUGGGCAAUAUACGGCUCGGCAAGCAAGGACGAUGUCCUCUACGUUGCCAAGUUAAAUCCUUCCCAUCUCGCCAUCCAGAAACUGUGGGACAUUAAAGUGGACCAUAGGCGUUAUGGCAAUGGCUUUAUAACCUGCGGUGUCCUAUACCUUCUUGCCAGUGGAAAAGUGCAACACACCGAGAUCAACUAUGCGUACGAUUUAUACCAGAACAAACCGCUGAAUAUUAGCAUUCCAUUCACAAACCCUUUUAAACUGAACAAUAUGCUGUCUUAUAAUCCACAAGAACAGUCCUUGCACGUCUGGGACAAAGGAAAUCAGUUGACCAUACCUAUAUUGUUAAAAUGAAAAGGAAUCUUGGACGAACUCUACAUGUACCUAUUAACCAUGGAUAAGCUGAGGCAAAUUGUUAAGAAAACCAAUAUGUUGUUAAUAAUGAUUAAAAGCGUUUAUGUUCUGUAUGUCUUUUAUUUAUUUACUUAUUUAUUUUUUGUUAUAGGACAAAGACUGAAAUCAUAGAUCACGUAAUACCGGUAGCGCCCAAACUCGAUAAUAUUGGAGAUUACUGAAAAAAUCGUGUGGAUUUGAUGAAUUAUUGUAAUAAAAUGCAACUUGUAUAUUUCUUAAAACUAAGUAACAGUGUAUUUCUGAUCAUGAAUGUUGCUGUAGACAAUUUAUGAAACGUUUUCCGUAUAAAUUACAAAGAAGUAGCAAGCCCCAGUAAUAAAAGGGCAUGAUUAUCUAAUGGUCUGUUAUUUAUUAUAUUACUUGAUAAAUAAUCUAUACCAGUU